AUGCCUUACCCAGAGGAAGCUGAGGGUUUCAUGAUCAAUGAGUUAGGCAAGUACCAGGAUUUCAAGAAACAGAGUUUCAAGCUCAAGACAUUCGGCGAGUACGAUGUCGACAUUAAGAUCGAAUGCUGUGGUGUCUGUGGCUCAGAUGUACACACUAUCACCGGAGGCUGGGGCGAGUCCCCAACACCCAUCUGCGUCGGCCACGAGGUCGUUGGCAAGGUCAUAAAGGUGGGCGACAAGGUCUCGCACGUCAAGGUCGGCGAUCGAGCUGGCUGCGGUGCUCAGGUUUGGGCAUGCUUGAAGUGUGGAAACUGCAAGUCGGACAACGAGAACUACUGCCCAGAACAAGUCGACACUUAUGGCGCACCAUACCCUAAAGAGGCUUGUCCAAAUGAGACCAUUUCUCAGGGCGGGUACUCCUCGCAUAUACGGGUACACGAGUACUUCGUCUUCCCAAUCCCAGACGCCAUCCCAUCUCACUUAGCAGCACCUAUGCUCUGCGCGGGUCUGACAGUGUGGAGUCCUCUUGUGCGAGCAAAAGUAGGACCAGGAAAACAAGUAGCCAUUGUCGGUAUGGGUGGUCUCGGACACUUCGCUGUCAUGUGGGCAAACGCCCUCGGCGCAGAAGUCACUGUCAUCUCCCACUCUCCAGAAAAGAAAGACGAUGCCAUGAAGCUAGGUGCCAAGAACUUCGUCCUCAACAACGAAGAAGGCUGGGCCAAGCCUCUCGCUUUCAAGUUCGACUUCGUCCUGAACGCCGCCGACAUGACCCACACCUUCGAGAUCGACAACUACAUCUCAAUCUUGAAGGUCAACUGCCAGUUCCACCAGGUCGGUCUCCCAGAUGAGGCACUGCCAUCGAUGAAGGCACAACAAUUCAUGCCAAAUGGUUCGUCAAUUGGUGCUUCUCACAUCGGCAACAGACCAGAAUGCCUUGCGAUGUUGAAGUUGGCUGCGGAGAAGAAGCUUUUCCCCAUGGUUGAGACAAUGCCUAUUUCCGAGAAAUCUUGUGCUGAGGCCGUUGAGAGAGUCAAGAACAACAAGGUGCAUUACAGAUUCACGUUGACCGACUUCGAUAAGGCGUUCGGUAACUAG